GCCUGAACGCAUCAGGAGCGGUGGAUGAGGGAGGUUAUCCUCCUUCCAACGCGGAUCCAGGCUGGAGGAGGUCUGUGUCCAAGGGGUGAAAAAAAAAUGGGAAACACCGACACCAAACUUCACUUCAGGAAAGCGGUGAUCCAGCUGACAACAAGAACUCAGCCCGUCGAAGCCUCAGACAACGCGUUCUGGGAUCAGUUCUGGUCCGACUCCUCCACCACCGUCCAGGAUGUGUUCGCUCUGGUGCCGGCAGCGGAGAUCAGAGCCGUCAGAGAGGAGUCUCCAUCAAACCUGGCGACCCUCUGCUACAAGGCAGUGGAGAGGCUGGUCCAGUGCGCCGACUCCGGCUGCCCCUCAGAUAGAGAGCGACAGAUCGUGGUGAACUGCACCCGCCUCCUCACCCGCAUUUUGCCCUACAUCUUUGAGGACGCCGACUGGAGGGGGUUCUUUUGGUCCACCGUCCCCGGAGCCGGCAGAUCAGGGCGUUUGGACCAAGAUGCUGACGAUGAUCAAGCUCGGCCACUGGCUGAGUCCCUGCUGCAGGCCAUCGCUGACCUUCUCUUCUGUCCGGAUUUCACUGUCCAGAGUCGCAAGAAAAGCAGCCAGGAUACAGAGGACAUGCAAUCCAUAGACAGCUGUGAGUACAUCUGGGAGGCCGGCGUGGGCUUCGCUCAGUCGCCUCCCCUCAACUACGUCCAUGAUCUGAACAGGACGGAGCUGCUGAAGCUGCUACUCACUUGCUUCUCUGAAGCCAUGUACCUUUCUCCUUCCUCUGAAAGCAAAAUCCUCAAUCCCUGGGUCUCCUUCUUCUGCUCCUCAGAAAACAGACAUGCCCUGCCUCUGUUCACCUCCCUGCUCAACGUGGUGUGCGCCUACGACCCCGUGGGCUACGGCAUCCCCUACAACCACCUACUGUUCUCCGACUACCGGGAGCAGCUGGUGGAGCAGGCGGCCCAGAUCCUUAUCGUCACCUUGGAGCACGAGGGAGGGUCGGCCGCCAGCGCCGCCCUCCAGGCCCUGGACGCCUCUGCAUGCCCCUCAUCUGAGGAGGAACAAGAGCCUGCUCGACCUGAUAACCUAUUUGUGAAUUAUCUUUCGAGGAUACACCGAGAAGAGGACUUGAGCUUCAUCCUUAGAGGGCUGGCUCGGCUGCUCAACAACCCCCUCGCCCAGACUUACCUGCCCCGAUCCGCCAAGAAGAUCCAGUUCCACCAGGAGCUGCUGAUCCUCUUCUGGAAGUUCUGCGACUUGAACAAGAAAUUCCUGUUCUUUGUGCUGAAGAGCAGCGAUGUGUUGGACAUGCUGGUUCCCAUCCUCUUCUACCUAAACGAUGCCAGAGCAGAUCAGUCCCGCGUGGGCCUCAUGCACAUCGCCGUGUUCAUCCUGCUGCUGUUGAGUGGAGAGAGAAACUUCGGCGUCCGUCUGAACAAGCCAUUCACUCUUCACGUCCCCAUGGACAUCUCGGUCUUCACAGGAACCCAUGCUGACCUGCUCGUAGUGAUCUUCCACAAAAUCAUCACCAGUGGACACCAGCGUCUCCAGCCUCUGUUUGACUGUCUGCUCACUAUAAUAGUCAACAUUUCACCUUACCUGAAGAGCCUGUCCAUGGUCGCGGCCAACAAGCUGCUCCACCUGCUGGAAGUGUUCUCCACACCCUGGUUUCUCUUCUGCGCCCCACAGAACCACCACCUUGUCUUCUUCCUGCUGGAGGUCUUCAACAACAUCAUCCAGUAUCAGUUUGAUGGUAACUGCAACCUGGUGUACACCAUCAUCCGCAAGCGAAAUGUCUUCCACCACCUGGCCAACCUGCUGUCGGACAUGGCGUCUAUUCAGAAGGCCCUGCAGAAGAAGAGGAAGAAGUCUGGGGUCUCCAGGACUGACUCUACCGAGAACGAGUUCAUGCAGGGCUCCAGGCCUGCAGUACCCGCUGAGCCCGGCACACUGAAAACCAGCUUAGAGGCCACUCCAGGAAUCGAUAAGAUAACAGAGAAGUCUCGUGUGAGUGAAGAUGGGACGUUGGUUGUUGUGCCGCAUUCAGACUCUCCUCAGACAGCUGCCGCUAGCGACACUGAGUCCAACUCAGAAAAAGACCAUGAGUCCUACAACGCAGAGUCGGAAGCGACCAGGAGUCGACUGUCAAGUAUCUCGUCAAUGGCGACCUGGACCGCUAAUCCAGACUGGGUGUUGUCGUGGAAGUCCAAACUUCCUCUGCAGACAAUCAUGAGGCUGCUGCAAGUUUUGGUCCCUCAGGUGGAGAAGAUCUGCAUCGACAAGGGGUUGACAGACGAGUCAGAAAUCCUGAAGUUCCUUCAGCACGGCACGCUCGUCGGCCUCCUGCCCGUCCCUCACCCCAUCCUCAUCAGGAAGUACCAAGCCAACGCCGGCACGGCUGCGUGGUUCCGCACAUACAUGUGGGGAGUCAUAUACUUACGCAACCUGGAUCCUCCCAUCUGGUACGACACCGACAUAAGGCUGUUUGAGAUCCAGAGGAUUUAACAAGAUCUAAAGGUUUAAUUAGAAUUCAGUGGAACAUCUCUUUCUUCCUAAAUACUUAGAUUAAAUGUUCUUAAUUUAAUAUAUUACCUGUAUCAUGGACAGUUGAAGGUCAUUAAAUCUGAUCGACUCUGAUGUCAGUUAUGUUGCCAUGUCUUUCCUUUUUAUACAGAGUAUGUCAAACUCUUUGUCACGUGCAGUAAACAGUCCAGGCUCUGUGCUUCAGCAUUCUGAAACAACAAAAUGGAUUCUGCAUCAAAGAGAUUAGCUUUACUUAGAGAACCUGUAAAAUUAUAAAUAAAGACCUGUGUGGUAGAUAAAGGUAGGACUGGGCUGCAUAUGGAUAUACUGGUGAAGACACAAAAUGAAGACAACUAAACACAAAAUCUCUAGAAACAUCAUCGUAGACACAAACAGCAACUAGGAAGGAACACACAGGAAACAACUACAGUAGACACCAAAUCACUUAAGAGACAUGAAAUGACUACACAAAGACAAAAAAAAUGACAAGAAAUACACAUAACUUGAAUUAUGCUGAGGCGUUAACUGCACUACUUUAUUAAGACCUCUCCUGACAAGUAUCUAAAUACAUUUCCCGUUGUGAUAUUGAAUAUACUUGCGACUGCAUUUUCUCAUUUGAAACUAACUUCAUCAAAACCCCCAGCAAGACCUUUGUAUUAUUUGUCAGCAAUCGCUGCACAUUUGCUUUUUCCUCCACCUGCUGACGACUAAAACAUCUGUUUGCUCAGUCGUCACGCAGGGUUUUGCGGAAGUGUUUCCUGGACACCCUAAAUGCAAAUUCUGACUAUCUUUGCAUAACUUAAAUAAAUUCAUCAUUUCAGUGUUUACUCAGUUCAGGGUUGGAGUUUGUGGUAAACAGAACCAUCGUCAUCUCUUCUCUUCAGCCAUGCAGGAUGAAUUCUAAGUGGUCACAGAUCAACAUUGCCUCCAGAGGAUAGAUAUCUCUUUUGGUGUUCUCCUGACUGAGGUCGUUUACCAUUCAUAAUCAGUGAAAUACGGAAAGUUGAGAGUAGAGAAAAAAAAAUCUAAGUGGUAUCGAGUUGAACUAAUUUCUACUCGGUGGCAACAACCGGUGGGAUGCAGAUGAUUGCCAUGUUACCGCAGCGAUUCACAGUCAAAGACUUCAGUUCCUACCACCAGUUUCAAUCGCCUAAUCAUGGGCGUGGUGACAUUUUUUUAUGUUCCACUUGUUCAAUAAGCAUUUAGGCAGGUUAAUGUGCCAGACCAUAGAUGGAAAGUCAACAAGCAACCAGUUGCAGGAUAGCAGUGAGUGGCCAGCGGUUGGUUUCACAUGCGAACAAGGGUUCAGAUUCCAGUCAUGUUUCGAUUUAAGUCCUAUUUCAACAACUUCUGGAUGGUCUGCCAAUACAGAGCUAGUCCUGUAACCUAGAGGAUGCAUCCUACUGACUCAGGUGAUCUAAACUCAGUGGUUUACAGCUGAAAUGUGCGUGAUGGUUUGGGGCAAAAUUUGUUUAUCAUCCUGUCGGAUGAAAGAAAGAGGCCAUAAGAUUAAGAACUACCCGAUGGAUUCUCAUAACAUUUGGUGCAGAUGAUCAUGGUCCCCUAAAGACUAAAGAGUUCUAUUAGCUGUCGUGAUUGUCUGAGUUUUGAUUUAAUUUUUGUGCAAAUUACCAAUGUUAGAUUGCUGAUGAAUUGAACUAAGAUGGUAAACUGCUCCCGAGAGACAAAACACUGGUUUGUAUAUUUAAUGUCUCGCUGUGAUGUUUUGAGAAUCCCCUGUGCUCUGUGGGUCUGCUCUUUUCCAUACAUGAUAGGAUUUGCAAAGCUACCACUGUCAACAAGACGUGACCAUGAUGGAUACGCCAUAUAAAUGCAGACCUGUGCAGCACUGCCCACAGAUGUUGGACACUUUUGUCAAGGCAUCACUAUAUAGCACCACCUCAACAUCCAUCCCUCAACACAACGUGUCUGGACAUUGUGGAAAAUUUCUUCAUACCUGUUGCCUUCGUGUCUCUCAGGUUUCUUUCCGCAACUCUGCUCAGUAAUGUUGCUUGAGGCAUAUGUUCGUUUCAACAACUCUGCCACAUCUGGAUAUGGAGGAGGCUGGGAGUUUGAUGGGUGUGAGGGUAUGAAAGCAGGCACACGUAUUUGGAGUUUUUUUUCAAUGCUGUGUGCUUGUGUUGGUUUGCCUGCCUCCGUUGCCAUCCUCUGGGACAUGUUUAAGACGCACAGGGGUGGCGCCCACUUCACGCCGAAUGAUUUUUUCAUACUGAACCUCUCCAUCAUGGAUUCUGUCUUCUUGGCCUCCAUUCCAUUUGGACUAUUGAAUAUGUACAUAUGGAAGUGUAAGGCAUUAUCGGCGACUUGGAACAGUAUUUAUGCCAUGAACUCGUGUGGGAGACCCCUCCUGAUGGCUUGCAUCUGUCUUGACUGUUACCUGGCUGUGGUUUAUCCAAUCACUUACCGUAAGAGGACGAGUCUGGCACCGAGAGUUGCGAUGGCUAGCUUUGUUUGGAUUGUAACAGUCGGCCAUGGGAUUGUGUACUUUGUAAACAACGGCUUGUACUUCACCAUGUUUCCCAUUGUGACAUUUGUAAUUGCUAUUGUAAUAAUCGUAUUCUGUGAUUGUUUCAUUGUCUUAACACUGACCAAGUCCGGCCCUGGC